AUGAAUGUUCGAAAGUUGUUAUUUAUACUAAUUCUUACUUGUAUGGAAUAUUUUAAUGUUUUUUGCUUAGAUGAAUAUUCAGAGUUAAUUAAAGAACCAGUUUUGAACCCUUUAUCUGAGAAUAAUAAAAGUUUGAAAGAAGGAUUGAAAAGCAGAAAAAUAUACCCAUUGGUAAGCCUGGAAAUAAAAACUCAACGGCUUAAAUUGGAGGGCGAAAUUAUUCCGUCUAAGAUAGUUUCUCGCCGCAUACUUGUUGCAAAGGGAGUGGUUGAAUCUAGAAUAUUAGCCAAUGACGUUUUGUAUUUCAAUACAAAUUUAAAAGCAAAUCAAAAAGUGAAAGUUAAACAAUUAGUUGGAGUAGUGACUUAUGAAAAGGCAAAUAAAGAAGAGGAGCUUUAUUCCUCUUGUGAUGGAAUUACAAAGGAAAUUUUACCACAGGGUUUUUAUGGAUUCGAGGCCAUUUUUUUUGUAAUUUAUUGUGAUUUAAAAAAGUCGAUUAUGAGUACAUAUUUUGGGUAUUCUAUUGUUCCUUCAACUGAAAAGGAUGCAAUUUUUGGCAGGUUUGAAAAUAUUCCAGUAAAAAAAGAAAUUAAUGCUACGAGAAACAGGUUUAAUAAUUGCAAUGCUAAGUUUGCGUCAAAUGAAAAAUAUAAAAAAUCAGCAUUCAAACAAAAUAUCUCUUGUAAAAGUAAUGAAAAUUUGCAAUAUCAAGAUAAACAAUCCGAACAUUAUAUUGACCAAUCUCAAUUAAGUUCCAUAUGCGUUAAUUCAAAGGAUUCUGUGCCAUCAAAUAAUCAAGAGAAUCCCAACACCGCUAUAAAAAGAGUUGAAUUUCUCUACAAAAAGUGCAUACCAAACAAAAACAAGAUUGUAGAUAGUUCAUUAACGAUGAAGUUAAAAUCAUAUAGGAAAAGUUUAGAGGCUCUAAAACAAUCAGUCGCAAAUAUCACAGAUUUUUCUCGUGCAGAAAAUGUAAGGAUGGAAGAUAAACAAUUAGAUUUUGAUGAACAAAAGACUAUAGUUUCAAAAAUGGUUACUUUAUCUUUUAAAUACUGGAUUUGGAUAUUGCUAACACUUACAAUACUAAUCCUAAUGCUCUUAGUUUUGUCUAGGAUAUUUAGAUAUUCUUCUAUGCAGAGCAUUUAA